CUCCCAUUCGAUGCUUGUCCGAUGCUAUGCGUACAUGCGUGUAUGUGCGCGACCGAAGCAGAUUUGACACUAUCUAACCGCGCUGCCGCGAGAACCAGAGAGCAACAAGAACACUCACACGAGUGUCAACGGGAGCCAGACACCGCGACAUAGAGGGCUGACUUGGCAAAAAGGAGACGAGCGCUGUGAGAAUCAGUCAUGGCCUCGAAGUUCAAUCCAAAUGUCCUCUAUGUCCGGGAGCCUCGGGAGUCCCUAACCUCUCCGGACCCUCAAGCCGAGGCCGGUGACGAAUCAUCGGACAGCGACGGGGAACCCGAGGAGACCUCGCACAAACUCAUCCGAAAAGUGUCCACCUCCGGUCAGAUCCGAGCCAAGAAAAGUGUGAAGGAGGGCCUUCUACUCAAGCAGACCAGUUCUUUUCAGAGAUGGAAGAGGCGGUAUUUCAAACUGCGAGGCAGGACUCUCUACUAUGCCAAAGAUUCAAAGUCUCUUAUAUUUGAUGAGGUUGACCUCUCAGAUGCCAGUGUGGCUGAGACCAGCACCAAGAACAUCAACAACAGUUUCACAGUCAUCACUCCGUUCCGUAAGUUGAUGUUGUGUGCAGAGAGCAGAAAGGAGAUGGAAGACUGGAUCGGUGCUCUGAAAUCUGUGCAGAAAUGGGAGACUUACGAGGCCAGUCAGUUCAACAUGGAGCACUUCUCUGGGAUGCAUAACUGGUAUGCCUGCUCUCACGCUCGCCCCACCUUCUGCAAUGUGUGUCGAGAGGCUCUGCCCGGUGUCACCUCCCACGGUCUUUCCUGCGAAGUGUGUAAGUUCAAAGCCCAUAAGCGAUGCGCCAUACGAUCCACAAAUAACUGUAAGUGGACCACGCUGGCGUCCAUAGGAAAUGACAUCGUCGAGGAUGAGGAUGGUGUGUCUAUGCCUCACCAAUGGCUGGAGGGGAACCUGCCGGUCAGUGCUAAGUGUGUGGUGUGUGAUCGAAACUGUGGCAGCGUCCGCCGACUACAGGACUGGCGCUGCCUCUGGUGCAAAGCCAUUGUACAUAACAGCUGUAAAGAGCAGUUGGGGAAGGUCUGUCCUCUGGGUCAGUUUAAGGUUUCCAUCAUCCCGCCCACUGCACUUAACAGCAUUGACUCUGACGGCUUCUGGAAGGCCACCAGUCUGUCCUGCUUGAGUCCUCUGCUGGUGCUGGUGAACAGUAAGAGUGGUGAUAAUCAGGGCGUCAAGUUCCUCCGCAAGUUUAAGCAGCUGCUGAACCCGGCCCAGGUUUUUGACCUCAUGAACGGUGGGCCACAGCUGGGGCUACGUCUCUUCCAGAAGUUUGAGACUUUCCGUACCCUGGUGUGUGGUGGUGAUGGGAGUGUGGGCUGGGUUUUGUCUGAACUGGACAAACUCGGCCUGCACAAGCAGUGUCAGCUGGGCGUAUUGCCGCUGGGAACAGGAAAUGACCUGGCGCGUGUGCUGGGCUGGGGCGGGCUCUGUGAUGAUGAUGCUCAGCUGCUGCAGAUACUGGAGAAACUGGAGAGAGCUACGACCAAGAUGCUGGACAGAUGGAGUGUGAUGACCUAUGAAGUGCCCACCAAACACACUCCAGCGAUCGUAAAGGAGGAGGACUCAUCAGACUGCCCCCUACAGAUUACACAAUAUGCUGAUUCUGUUGCCACUCAUUUAACCAAAAUCCUGGACUCCGACAAACACAGUGACGUCAUAUCAUCUGCCAAGUUUCUGUGUGGGACAGUUAAUGAUUUUGUGGCAGAGGUCGGAAAAGCUUAUGAACGGGCCACAGAGAACAAGGAUGAGGCUGAUGUUAUGGCAAAAAAGUGUGCCAUGCUGAAUGAGAAGCUGGACUCUCUAGUAAAGGCUCUAAGCGAAGACGCCAGUGCCCAGUUAGUACCGGCCGGGUCCAUGUCACCUGAGGAGGAUGACACCGAUCAGACCAGAGCCUUCAGAUCAAGAGAGCAGCUCAUGCUGAGAGCCAACAGCCUGAAGAAAGCACUCCGACAAAUCAUAGAUCAGGCUGAAAAAGUGGUGGAUGAGCAGAACAGACACACCCAGAUCCAGAGGAUGUCAUCCUCCUCAUCAAUCAAAAGAGGCAGCAGUGAAGACCUCAAGGAGGGGGAGCCACGUCAAAACACAUUAAGUCCAACCACCACAACCCCUAUUUUACUGGAGAAGUCAGAGAGCUUCAACACUGUGCUUUUCUCUGAAGAUUCUGUGCAAUGCACAGAAAAGUGUGUUAUGAAUAACUAUUUUGGCAUAGGGCUGGACGCCAAAAUAUCUCUAGAGUUCAACAACAAGAGAGAUGAACACCCAAAAAAGUGCAGCAGUCGCACUAAAAACAUGAUGUGGUAUGGAGUACUAGGGACCAAAGAACUGGUGCAGAAAACCUACAAAAACCUGGAACAAAGAGUCCAGCUAGAGUGUGAUGGAGUUCCCAUGUCCUUGCCGAGUCUACAGGGUCUUGCUGUUCUGAACAUCCCCAGCUAUGCAGGAGGCAUUAACUUCUGGGGUGGCACCAAAGAGGUCAAUAAUUUUGGGGCGCCUUCAUUUGAUGAUAAGAAGCUGGAGGUGGUGGCUGUGUUUGGCAGCAUGCAGAUGGCCAUGUCUCGAGUCAUCAACCUACAGCAUCACCGCAUUGCCCAGUGUCGGCAGGUAAAAAUCAUCAUUCUGGGUGAUGAAGGUGUACCGGUGCAAGUGGACGGAGAGGCCUGGAUUCAGCCACCUGGCAUUGUUGAAAUCAUCCACAAGAACCGAGCGCAGAUGCUCACCAGAGAUCGGGCUUUCGAGAGCACACUGAAAUCAUGGGAAGACAAGCAGAAAGGUGACAGCCGGCCAGCCCGCCCACGACUGAACUCCCAGCAGUCCAUGGAGUAUCUGACUGAAGAGGAAUGCGCUCAGGUCCAACAACUUGGCUUAGUGGCCGACGCACUCAUAAACAGGAUUCGGGAAGUAGCGAAGACUCAUAAGGUGGUGGAGCAGGAGUUGGCUCAUGCUGUGAACGCCAGUGCUGCGGUGCUGAGUGAAGCCUUCCCCUCUAAACCCUCCAGCCCUGAGGGUUUAAGUCGCAGUACAGCAGUAGACAUUGUCAACAGCAGUAAAGUCCUCCAGCAAGAGACCAGGAUGCUGUUAGAGGGAAAACUACUGAAUUUGGAUUCUUCUCAACAAGAGGAUCUUCUCUCUAUGGUGGACAGUCUCAGCACUGAGUUACACAAGCUGGAGGACAUCCACUGGAUCUGUCCCAGCAUGCAGUGCUCUGAAGAGGAAUCAUCCCGUGUAAGUGGUAAAAGCAGUAUGAAGCUGAAAAUUAUGCCUAAAGGGAAGAAAGAGAGAGAGAGGUUACAUAAGCAGCGGUCUAACAGCUCUCUCUCAGGAGCUUGGGAUAUCAAGGGUGGGGCGAGUGAUGUGGACCCUGCGGGCAACUGAAAAGCUAAAGUUGUUUGCCACACCUCUGCUGUGAGGACACACCCUGCCACGGGAUGCUGCUUUAUGCCCAGAGAGGGAGGACAUGAGACCACCCUCCCUCCCCCCCCAGUGUUCGUGAGCUUUCUUUGGAUGGGCACGGCCCUGCUCUGCAUUACUGUUGUGGUUUUGUUCUCUGUGGUUAUGCUCUCUGCCUGCUGAUGGUUUGAAGUCAUGGGAAACACUGGUCAGCAAAAAGCAAGAGUGGACCAAAACUCGCAGAAUCCUUCCACUCUCUCUGUAUUUUCAACAAUGCAGCUCCCAUGCAUGAGUUAAAUCGUUUUCUGUUUUUACCUUAUUUUAUUAUCUUGCUACCUUUUUUCCUUUUCUUUGUAUUCAAGCCAUCAGACACAAACUAUAAACUCUUUUUUUUCUCCAAAGAAAAAGACUCAGAAAGACUUCUCAUUUGCCCCGUCCUGUCGCCAUCUGAACAACAAGGAAGUAACAAACAAAAUCUUUCAAAAAAAUUAUUGAAAUGAAGACUAUGAAACAAACGUGCAAAAAAGGAGUAUCUUAAAGAAUGAAUGUAUUGUGGACCUGUAUUAUUUGAGUAGUUAGAAAUCUGCAUUUAGUCUCUGUAUCUCUCUAUCGGAAGACCAUGUAGGUUUCUGCAUGCCUUUCAUGCCCUUAAGCAGAAAAAAGGUCUGUUUUCUCUCGGAUCGUCAGCCAAGUUGUGAUGGUGUAUCACUAGUGUGUCAAUUGAGCUGUUGUUCUAGAAGCUUCAGUGCCGUAAAUCUUGUGCCAAGUUAGUAAAUGGAGCGCAGUGGUUUAAAGUGAGCUGUUUCUUUGACUAGCUGUUUUGACUUUUUUUCUGCAGGGAAUCUUGUAAGAAAAUUAUGCCGUAUGUCAUACAUUUCAAGAUGUAUUUUAUCUCGCCUUGCACUUUAAUAUAGAAAACAAAUCUUUUAAAAAAGCUAACUUAAAGGUUGUGUGUUUUGCUUUGUUUUGUUUUAGCAAAUGAAAAAUGGUAACCCAUUCAUAGAAAACCUAUGAGUUGUUACAUAUGACGCAAUAUAUAAUCAAACUUUAUGAAUGUUAUAAGGGUUCAAUCUUACCGUAAACCCAGAGGUGAAGGAAAACUUGAACUUUUAUCUUAAUAGUGCCUAAUAUAUGGUUUUAUCAAGACUCAAAUGGUACAGUGUAACAUUUAAAAUGAGUACGCAAAAGGAUAUACACUUAAUAUUGGACAACUUGUUUUCUUGAUGGUUGUGAGCCAAAGUCUAGAAGUAUUGCUCUGUUAAAAAAAAAAAAAAAAAAAAAAAAAAAAUCAAUUGUGGUGUUAAUAUGAAAGUUUGAUGGACAGUCUAGUUGCCGACAGUCUCCCUAAAAACUGGACUGUAUUUUUUAUUUAUAUUUUUUUUUUCCUUUUUGCAUGUGUUGAAAGUUCCUCAUCAGUGAUGAAUUGUUGCCGUGUGCUAUUCAAUUUUGAUUUACAUUUGCUUUUGGGCAGAAAAACUCAUUUUAUCAUCACCACUUAUCAGGACAUUGAUUGUGACUGUGUAAAUCAGGUACAAGCGGAAGGCAAUGCUUUUAUGAACAGAACAUUUAUUUUUUAAUUUUUCUUGAAACAGAAAAAGAACCAAAACAGAAGAGAUUGACCUCUUUUUGCUGGUACCCAGUUCUCUUCAUUUUAAGACUACUGUUUACUUUUGAAAUGUAUUAUUUAUCUUUUUUAAUUAUUUUAAAUAUUUUUGCCAUAUGGUUUGCAGUUAAGCUUUCAUGGCCCUGGACCCUUUUUCUGACUGCAAACGCCACUACUUCAGGAUUGUUGCUGUUGACUUAAAAAAAUAAAGUGUGGCCAUUGCUGUUU